AUGAGCGUCGAACUGACUUCUGAAACACAGUUCCCUUACAAUCAAGUGGUUCUCUUCGGUGAUUCACUUCUUGAGCUCAGUUGCGAGGUUCAAGAUGGAUUUUCGUUCCAAGCUGCCUUGCAGACUCUGUGCAUGAGACGACUCGACGUAAUCAAUAGAGGGUUCUCAGGCUACACGACUAGGAAUGCGUUAAAUCUUCUACCCAAGAUAUUCUUGCCAGUCUCGCCCUCAACUCCCAAGAUCGACUGUGUGGUCGUUCUUUUAGGCGUCAAUGAUGCCUGCGUCUCUCUUCCAACAACCAGUCAGCAUGUUCCACUGGAGGAGUACAAGGACAAUUUAACCAAGAUCAUCACUCAUCGUCAUAUCGUGGCACACAACCCGAAAAUUCUCCUUGUUGUGCCCCCACCAUUGGAUCAAAUUCGAAUUACGGAAUUGGACCUCGAAAAAGGCCACGCUCAAGCCUCCCGUGAAGCUGCAGUCAGCAGCUGCUACUCUGAAGCCGCUCGCGAGGUCGCUCAGAGAGUCCCAGGAGUGGUUCUUGUUGAUUUGUAUAAGGCCAUAAUGGACGCAGCUGUUUCAAAAACUCCAGACUUUGACCCAACUGGCCCUCCAUUAGGUUUUCCUGGAGGCAAGAGAGGUGCGCUUGCACAUCUGGUUCCGGAUGGGCUGCAUUUGAGUGGAGAAGCCUACAGGAUCUUUUAUGAUCUUAUUCAACCACAUUUUGGCCCUUUCGCAGAUACGCCAGAUGGUUAUGUUUUCCCCGAUUGGCUGGCAGUGAACCCUGGAGGUUUAUGA